GCAUUUAGUCUUGCCAAGAUGGAGAGUCUCAGGCGGGCAUUCUGAGCUGCUUCUUGUCACUGGGGAAAACCACGUGCACGCAGUGCUGAGGCGCCCCACGCGCGUCCUCGGGGAAGCCAGGCACUGAGAACAAAGGUUGUGGGACCGCUCUUUCAGCAACGCACCAGCUCCGCGAGCUGGCGGCCGCCAGCGCGGUCCACCCAUUGGCGGGAGAGGACUCACAGACCGCAGCUCCUCACCCCGCCUGCUCCACAGCGGGACCACGUAGACCUCAGCUCCCUGAGCAGCGCAGGUCUGCACAAGGACCAUGGGAGCCGCGCUGGGGACAAGCACGCGGCUGGCUCCCUGGCCGGGCCGGGCCUGCGGCGCCCUCCCGCGCUGGGCACCCACCGCCCCCGCCCAAGGCUGCCACUCCAAGCCCGGCCCUGCGCGCCCUGUGCCCCUGAAGAAGCGUGGAUACGAUGUCACCAGGAACCCUCAUCUCAACAAGGGGAUGGCCUUUACCCUUGAAGAAAGGCUGCAGCUUGGAAUCCACGGCCUAAUCCCGCCCUGCUUUCUAAGCCAGGACGUCCAGCUCCUCCGAAUCAUGAGAUAUUACGAGCGGCAGCAGAGUGACCUGGACAAGUACAUCAUUCUCAUGACACUCCAAGACCGGAACGAGAAGCUCUUCUACCGAGUGCUGACUUCGGAUGUGGAGAAGUUCAUGCCGAUCGUGUACACACCUACCGUGGGGCUGGCCUGUCAGCACUAUGGCCUGACCUUCCGCAGGCCCCGUGGACUGUUCAUCACCAUUCAUGACAAAGGUCAUCUUGCAACAAUGCUGAACUCUUGGCCAGAAGACAAUAUUAAGGCCGUGGUGGUGACUGAUGGGGAGCGCAUCCUGGGCCUGGGAGACCUGGGCUGCUAUGGCAUGGGCAUCCCUGUGGGCAAGCUGGCCCUGUACACAGCGUGCGGAGGGGUGAACCCGCAGCAGUGCCUCCCUGUACUGCUGGACGUCGGCACCAACAAUGAGGAGCUGCUCAGAGACCCUCUGUACAUCGGCCUGAAACACCAGCGUGUGCGCGGGAAGGCGUACGAUGACUUGCUGGACGAGUUCAUGCAGGCUGUGACAGACAAGUUUGGAAUAAAUUGCCUCAUCCAAUUUGAAGACUUUGCCAAUGCCAAUGCCUUCCGCCUGCUCAACAAAUACCGUAACAAGUACUGCAUGUUCAAUGAUGACAUCCAAGGCACAGCCUCCGUUGCUGUGGCAGGGAUCCUGGCUGCUCUGCGAAUCACCAAGAACAAGCUUUCCAAUCACGUGUUUGUUUUCCAAGGUGCAGGCGAGGCAGCUAUGGGCAUUGCCCACCUCCUUGUCAUGGCCCUAGAGAAAGAAGGUGUACCGAAGGCAGAGGCCACAAGAAAGAUCUGGAUGGUGGACUCUAAAGGGCUCAUUGUCAAGGGGAGGAGCCACAUGAACCAUGAAAAGGAGAUGUUUGCCCAAGACCAUCCUGAAGUCAACUCCCUGGAGGAGGUGGUGAGGCUGGUGAAGCCCACAGCCAUCAUAGGUGUUGCUGCCAUCGCAGGAGCCUUCACGGAGCAGAUUCUGAGGGACAUGGCCUCCUUCCACGAGCGCCCUAUCAUCUUUGCCCUGAGCAACCCCACCAGCAAGGCCGAGUGCACGGCUGAGAAGUGCUACCGGGUCACCGAGGGCCGAGGGAUUUUUGCCAGUGGAAGUCCUUUUAAGAGUGUGACUCUGGAAGAUGGCAAGACCUUCAUUCCUGGGCAGGGAAACAAUGCUUACGUGUUCCCUGGGGUGGCACUGGGAGUCAUCGCCGGCGGGAUCCGGCACAUCCCAGAUGAGAUCUUCCUCCUGACAGCAGAGCAAAUUGCCCAGGAAGUCUCUGAGCAGCAUCUGUCCCAGGGGAGACUGUACCCACCACUCAGCACCAUCCGAGAUGUGUCUUUGAGAAUUGCCAUCAAAAUAUUCCCUGAGAAGACACCCCAGUAAUCCUCUGGAUGCGAAUCUCAGAUUCAGUGUCUGUUUCCUGAGGAACCCAACUUAUAACAGGUAGAAGAAACUGGCCAAAGUUCUUAAUUUUCCAAUUUGUUGCACCAGCCCCACGUGACCACCAAAAGCUUUUCUGAGUUUCCCUUUCCCUCAGGACAGACCCUCUUCACAGACCAAGCUUGAUCCUUAUUAGUCCAUGUCCAGAAUCAGUAAAUGUCCCUAGAAAAUAAAAUGGCCACUUACCUCAGGAGGCCUCCUCCCUCUCUGGAAUUCCCAUUCACCUAGUCCUUAUUGCUUUCAUAGCUCUCACAUAUCUUUAAAUAUGAUCUUUAUAAUUUUUCCAUCUUUUUCUAGUUGCAGGCAAAGUUUUAGGCUGCCAUGACCUACUACAUCCUAUUUAGAAGUGGAAGUCUCUAGAGAGAUUUUCAAAAUUACAGAUGUGUGGAUGUUAACUUUUUUCCUAAUUUAAUUGAAUUGUGGUGAGAGAAGGUGUUCUGUAUUAUUCAAAUAGCUUAAAAUUUGCUGAAAUGGGUUUAUAAACAAAUAUAUGGUCAAAUUUAAUAGUUCAUGUACUCUUAUAAAUAUGUAUUCUCCCACUGUUGGAUGCAAUGCCCUUUGUAUGUUCAUGGGAUCAAGUUUGUUGACUGUUUUGUGUAAAUCUGUAUCCAAAAUCUUGAUUUUUGUCUACUUGAUCUGCUUCUGAAAGAGGGACAAUAAAAUUUCCCACUGCUAUGGUAAA